UCUAUUUUCAUCGAAAAAAAACUUUAAAAAGCUUGUAAAUUUGGACGAAAUCAUCAUUUAGAGUGAGCAGACAAUAAUUAAGGUUUAUCCAACAGCUUACUUUCUUUCAAUAUUUACGACAUAUCUCGUAUCCCAGCAGAAUGGACUCCAAGACUGCAAAAAUGCCAGAGUACAUGCCACCUCCAUUCCCAGUGUCACCACGCUUUGACCAUGGUACUAAACGCGGUUGUUGGAGCGCUAUAGCAGCCGUUUUGACCGCGGCGGUGCUGGCCUCUGGGUUGAUCGCAGCGGCAAUCAUAUUUCGAAGCGGUGGGUACCCCGUGACAACUUGCCCACCUGGGGCUGGGGGUGACCAGGUGGCCCAACCUAUGGCCUUGAGUGGACACAAGGUCAAGAGGGCUGACUUGAUUACCGUAAAGGGUGAUCAUUUGACAGAAGCCUUCGACUACGACAGGCAAUCUAACACCGUCCUCAUUGAAUCUCCAGCAAACAUCACUAAGAGCUCCACCGCUGCCACCAUCGCGGUGGACCUCGACCGGUCUGUCAUGUUCAUGGGUUUCCACGAUUCCAACACUUGCGUCGGCAUCGCGAUCGAUGAAGACUUCGCCCAACAAGUGCGCGAUUACGUCGAGGACAUCGGCCACAAUAUUAUCGACAUUUCCAGUGUCGCGUUCGACAAGGAGAACUACCGCCUGGUGGGCCAGAUCCCGACCGGCUACUUCCAGGCCACCACCGGAGCGGUCAUCCGCGGCCUUUGCUCCGGGCGCAUCAUGAACUGGGCGCUUUCCGUGACCGCGGAGGAGCACGACCGCCUUAGACGGGAGUCGUGCGUUUCCAUUGAAACUUGUACCUGCAUAAUAAACUUGUGCAAAUGCGAAACAACGACCAUUUGCACAAGUUAAUGAUGAUGACGAAUACAGCUACACGAUUGGAACGCGCCCAUAGCACCCAUGAAUUAUCUCGUAAUCACGGUUAGCGCAUGUAGAUUUUCUAUAGAUUUUUUUUUAUAAAUACAAGUUAUUCGUUUUGAGCAAAAAAUACACUGAAGUAAAAAUAAAUAGAAUAUUUUCAAUCUGAAUUCUUUGAAGGGACUUGGUAACAUUGUUCAGACGAGAGAAAAUGGGCUGAGGAAGUUAAUUCAAUGCUUUAUUUACAAUUUAAGAUAAUCUGAAAGUUUUAGUGAAAGCAGAUCAAACAUUGGGAAAAACUGAUUUGAUCGAUUCCUAAAUUAUCCCAACUAUAUUAUUCUAAUUUUAUUAAAUUGUAAGUGAAUGUAAAACGUCACAAGGCAAUCAUUUGGCUCUGUAUACCAUUCCAAAAAUUAAGUGAUAUCAUAUUUCUAUGGAAAUACGGUUGGGAAAAUUCAACAUUGGUUUGGAGAGUUUACUCUAAGAUGGGAUUGCACAUCGACGCCUUCAAAGAAAAUCAUAAAUAUCUUUGUAGUUUGAGAAAUGUUUAAGGAUUUUGUUCAUGUUAAAGGGUUAGUAGGCCUUCAGGAGAAGGUUAAUAGCUUUUCAUUAUGUUCCUUGCAUUUCACCCUGUAUAACCUACCAUUUAAAUUUAAGAAUUGAUUAUAUAAUGGGAUGAUUUGAGUGUUUUACAUAUUAUGUUCUAAUUUUGUCAAGCAUAUGAAUUCUGUUUUAUGAAAUGUAAAACCAAAAAACUUGAAACUCACAUGUAAAAACUGUAGGACUGUUAACCAAUUAAAAACUUGUUUUAAGACACAUUUAUUCAAAAGUGCUUUUGGUGAUAAAUUUACUCUGUUUAUAUUGAUGUAUAUUUCAUAUG